AUGGACAGUACCUCCGCAAAUCACUUUAGCUUCAUCGCUGGUGUGCUCGGUUUUGUUAUGGCAGUCACCUCCGCCUCCGCCUGGUGCCGCGCGUAUUUUCCUAGUGUUCAGAUGAAAAUUCUGGAUGACUUGCUCAGGGAGACCCGGCAGAUUCACGAGCAGGCGGACGCCGAGAAUUUAUUCCCAUCUGAAAUUUUCCGGAAGAUAUCCAAGUCAAUGCUUGCUAGCAUGGAACAACGCAGCCUCUCACUUCGCAAAGGCACUUACAACGCGACGACCGUCAUCCAUGAAUUUCUUGCUCUUUUCAAUGGACUUUCACUACGCAUCAUCCAGCUGUCGUAUCGUGUCAAGAAACUCAGAGCUUGCUUGCAUGCCACCAGCGAGAUAGAGCGGAGCAAAAGAAGACAUGGAUUCAACGCCCCUUCGGGUGGUGGGGGCGCAGACGAUACCUCUGUACUAUUGCUGACGUCGAUCGAUGCCUCCUUCGACCCCGAGUCUGUGCAUUGUCCAAGUAACCAACAGUUUGGUGGGAGUUCAGAUCCCCGUCAGGGUCAGUCCGCCUCCUGCCCCACCGCACCAAGUGAACUUGAUAGCGCUGUGAGGGAAGCUUUGGUUGGACCGGGAGAUAGCCAUCAUCAAGUGCGGAUAAAUCUAGCGCCUUGCUUCGGGAACAGACCUAUAAUGCGACGUCAGCCGUCCAAGAUUAUCUGGCUCUGUUCAGCGGUCUUUCGCAAAGCAUCAUGUAGCUAUGGGCCGGUGUCAAGGCCUUGGGGCCUGCUUGUUUUCACAAUCGAGGACGAACGACGCCAGAGACGAGCUGGAGAGCAUGGACACUCUGCAUCAACGGACGUUAGGAUGAUGGAUUAUACAUGCCUAUAUGGAACAACGCAGCCUCCCACUUCGCGAAAGCACCUACAACGCGACAACUGUCAUUCAUGA